AUGGGGAACGCGAGGGAAAUGGCGAUCGACUCCGACGACGGCGGCGGCGGCGGCGGCUGCGGCGGAGCGAAGAGGCAGAAGGUGGAUGAGCGUGGGGUCCGACGUGAAGCGGUGGGUGCGGACGGCGGAUGCGGCUCGGCGGACCGCAUAUCGUCGCUGCCGGACGAGCUGCGGCAACGCAUCCUGACGCGGCUCGCCUUCAAGGACGCCAUCCGCACGGGGGUGCUAGCCCGCGGGUGGCGCGACCUCUGGAAGAGCCGGUGGCCGCACAGCGCCUCCGUCGAGGUCCGCCUCAGCUCUCGCAACGCCCUGCGGAGGGAGCUCGACGCGCUGGCGCGCAAGCCGCACCCACGGCGCCGCCUCGACCGCUUCUCCCUCGUCGUCAAGAAAUGCAACCUCAAGACCUCGGAGCUGCGGGGCUUCACCGAUUACGCCGCCGAGUGCCGCGUCGAGGACCUCCACGUCGAGGUGCGGAAGGGCAUCGAGGGCAAACUCAACUUCCCGCUGUCCAGCCCGCUCCUCGCGCGCCUCUCGCUCCGCCGUAUCGGCGUCAUCUCCAGCUUGUACUACAAGGGCGCACAGCCGUUUCGCGCUCUCGAGGUCAUCCGGCUCCACUCAGUCUCCAUUUCCGAGGUGGGUUUCAAGAACAUGAUGGCACUGUGCCCCAGCCUCCUCGCUCUCAACCUGCGUGCCUGCCACUGUGACUAUUUUUUCUACCGGCCGGACAUUAAGAGGAAGAGACGCAGCUUGGUCAUGCCGCCUAACCUGAGGACCGUCACCGUCGCGGACUGUUGGGGGUGCGCCAGUCUGAACUUGGUGCCUGUGCCUUGCCUGCGCUCCUUCUGCUACAGAGGCGACUUCGUCAACGCACCCUUCUUCCUUCCUAGCGACGCCGCUCUUGGUGAUCUUUACAUUCAGUUUGCUGACUCGGUAGCAGAACUGCACAACACCAAAAAGUUGAGUGAUUCUCUCCCAAAGGAUUUAUCUGGUCUCAAUGUUCUCACCGUCUGUUGCAAUGCCCUCGAGGUUGCGUCUCGCUUGUUAUCGAUUGAUGAUGGAGCAAAUGGCAUGUUGCCCAAUAUCAACUUACACAAUUUGAGAGAACUACAACUAAUCAUGUUACGAAUGGAAGCUUCCAACCUAGCUGACCUUUAUGUGUUCUUCAAGACCUUCCAAUGUCCUAAUUUGGAAAGGCUCUUUGUGCAGCUCCCAGCUUCUAUGGCCAUGGAGGGAGGUUCUAUUGGUGAGGUGAGGGAAGAGCCACCGGAGGAUGACUUAUAUAACCUUUUGAUGGUAAAGGUCAUGAACUUCAACUGGCGCUGCAGUGAGGUGCAGCUCGUGAGUUUUUUGUUGAGGAAAGCUAGCUCCUUGCGUAAACUGUUAAUAGUUUCUCCCAAUGUCACUCCACCAGAUUUACCCUGUGUAGAAGCAGACCUUUUGAUUCUCAAAGAAGCUUUGGCCAAUGGCAAGAUAAUCCUGAGUGAGUCUGACGACAUUACAACUCAACCAUAUCAUUCUGAGGUCUUUAUCAUGGACUAGUUGUUUGAGGCUAGUCAAGUCAGAGCUCUAUGGGCUAUGGGUAGCAAUUUCAGCCCAUCAGGGCAUUAUCCUUGUGGAUGUAACUCUUAUUGAUAAUAUAUGAGAACCAAUAUUGUCUCCUCA